AAGAGCCCUCCAACAUCGUUCGUACAUUUUGGCUCUAGUUGGGGCUUCAGCGCCUUCGGGUUAAGAUUUUGCUGUGCUUGCGUGUUGAUCUAGCGGACUUGACGCUUACCGUUGCCCACAAUGGACUCAUUCACGAGGCGUGGUUCAUGUCAGUGCAUCCAUGAUGACGAAUAUUUUGAGACCUACCUGAACCCUCACCCAUUUCUGACGACUGCAGACGCUCCGCUGCUCCAUCGCGCCGCGGGGGCGGCGCCAGUAAAUUCGCCAACCUGGCCGCUCAGCAUGCUGCCGCGCUCCGCCGCCGAUGCGGGGCUCGCCGCAGGCCCUCCCCGCGAGCCAGACCACGCGGCGCGGGCGAGAGAGCCGGCCAGCGGAGGGCGGGCAGGGGCCUCCAGUGGCGCGCCCGCGGUCGCCAGGUCGGCCCUUCGGCAGGCCGAGCUCGUUGACAGCAUGCCGGCAGCCAUCCUUUGCGCUCCAGCUACCACUACGCUCAUGAUCCGCAACAUUCCGAUGUCUGUGGCGCAGAGUGACUUGCUGGACCUCAUCGAUAAGACUGGUUUCGAGAACCGCUACGACUACGCCUACAUGCCGACCAUUUUUGACAGUGGGACCACUCGAGGGAUCGCAUUUGUAAAUUUUGCCACCUCAAGUGAUGCCCGUGAGUUCUCCAUCUUGUGGAACGGAUCGCGGCUGGCCGGAGUUGCCGGCGCUGGAACCAACGGUGCCGUGAUCGAGGUCACCGUGUCGGAGACGCAGGGCUAUUCGGAGAACGCCAGGAAAUGGAAGGCGAGCCGGCUGCGCCGCAUUAGGAAUCCCAAGUUCCACCCCUUCAUCGCCCCGAAGCCAGCUGCCUCGUGAACGCGCGGUUGGCAGUUUCAUUAGGUCGGGCAUGUCCUCCUUCACUCGUCCUAUUAGGUCGGGCAUCUCCUCCUACAGCCAAGAAAUCAUCAGAAUUGUUCCCCCUUGAUGCGAUUUUAACUAUGUCCAGUGCAUCUCGUUGCACCUUCUGUCUUAUUUUUUUCGCAGCACACAGUGCUCGCUUGAACCUUGAAAGCGCAAGGCAGCGCACAAAUCCUGUGGACGCCUCCAGAGGGCCAGACACAAAGGUGUGCGCUGAUGUACGGCUUCGUGAGUUUCCUGAAAGGCUGCAUGCAGCUCCCUUACGGGCCCGCUUGCGCCCGCUUGAGGCCCUGAUUUCUGAUGUGCGGCGGCGGUUGGAGCAACGCCGUUUUCAUGGUCCAUGCUUCAGGUGGAGGAGGAGGAUUGAAACCAAUGUUAUU